AUGCCUGCUUUCUUCAAUCGUCAUUUCCUUCUGUUUGCCUUCAUCACCCUGAUCCUUUCAAUGGGAUCCCUUGAUGGUAAACCAAAGAGAUUUCACGAGGAACAUGGACCUAAGCCUGUGCCUGUGGGAAACGGUGCUAAAACUUUACAUGCUACGGGUCAUUAUCUUGGUAAAAAACCUAAUGCUAAUUGGAUUUCAAAGAAUGGAGUCGCCAAGCAAUCUAAUGGGAUCCAAGCUUGAGAAUGUGCAUUCAACUUGAGAGUCACAGGACAAGUUUUUGCCUACUUCAAAAUCGAUCCUUCUAAAGCUACGUAUCAUGGGGCACCCUAUGGUACAUGUUAUGCCACCAGAUCUGCUCCGGAUGUAUCAGACUUGGAGGUGGAUAAGGACUACGAUGUAUUCUAUUGGAAUUACUUGGGAGGUGAACCAGGUGUAGGAACUGGUCCGAUCAGAAAUCCACAAACUGGUAGAGCAGGAUAUGAGGAUAGACACGGAGUUUAUAGUGAUGGUACAAAUCCUGAUACUAAUCAAAACCUUUGA